AAUACAUCCAACCCAUCCCACAAUAUUAUACUACCAUUCAAUCUUCCCCAUUUAUCAAACAUAAAAAAAAAAUCAACUCCAAUGUCAUAUCCUAAUAAUUGGAUGCAACUCAAUUUUAACGAUGAGAAUCAAACCAACACCCUUCCGACCACCACCGCCGCCGCCACCGCCAUCGACACCGCUGCGAUUCCAAGAAACGCCGAGCAAGGCCGCGGUGCGCGGCCGAUCAGGCGGAGGUCGAGGGCUUCGCGGCGAACUCCGACCACCUUACUCAACACCGACACCACCAACUUCCGCGCCAUGGUGCAGCAGUUCACCGGCGGCCCAACCGCCGCCGCCAACUCCGCCGGAAUGUUCGAUUUUACUCAGCAAGCGCCGUCCAAUUUGUAUUGGGGAAGAGGAGCUGAUCGUGUGCAGCAGCAGCAGCAGCAGCAGCUGCAGCAGCGCCACAUGUUCAUGGUAGGCGACGUGCAUGGCCGCGGCGGAGGCGGAGGCGGAGGCGGCCACGCGCCGCCGGAGUCGUCUUCACUUAAUGAAAGUCGUGAUUACGAUGGCUACAUGCUUUGAUCUGUGUGGGGAAGCGCUGCUGCUGACUUUUCUUUUCUAGGGUUUGUAAAUUAAUUCUCUAAUCUUAAUUAUUUUUCAUUCUAGCUA